AUGGUGACAAUAUCACUACCAGUAGAACCAGUAUUACUAGAAGAAGAAGCAGCAGCAGCUCUGAGACAGGUUUUCGAUGCGAGCAAUCCUACUCCGCCUUGGCUCACAUCCACAAACGGGAAUGAGUCUGACCCCGAGGCCAACGCCCACCGGGAUGGAGACUGCGGGGCCUUCUGUGGCUUGCCGAAUGCCGAGGCACUUUUAGCGCUUCAGCAAAAUUCUGGGAUGAGUGCUGCACGAGGAAUUGUGGUUCUGGCGGAAGGCAGAAUUCGUACUCGUGAACGCUGA